GUUAUUGAUAGGUGCUGGAUUUCCUUGGACGUUGCCGUCAACAUGUCUUCAACGGAGACAAAUAAUGGCCCAAGCCAGGCGGCACCUUAUGCAGCUGUCCCCCCUGCAGCCAUACCGCCUCCAUAUAUGGGACCACCAGGAAUACCACCUCACUUCCCACCCAUGGGAAUACCCCCUAUGGGGCAGCGACCUCCUAGCAUGACUCCAUUGCCACCUGGAAUAAUGCCACCAGGCAUAAUGCCACCAAUGGCUGCUCCACCAAUGGGGCAGAUGCCAAGCAUGAUACCGCCCAUGAUCCCGGGAAUGAUGCUGCCUCCUCGGAUACCAGCUGCGACCAUACAGCCAACGGGACCCCCUGGUGUUGACACCACAGCCCCUGCAGCAGCUGCACCUGGAACAACUAAUGCAACAAAUGGAUCCCCUUCAGAAGAACAGCCAAAGAAGAAAUCUGUGUGGACAGAACACAAAUCUUUAGAUGGGAAAACAUAUUAUUACAAUACAGAAACCAAACAGUCCACAUGGGAGAAACCGGAUGAACUGAAAUCUCCUGCAGAGCAAAUGCUGUCUAAAUGCCCCUGGAAGGAGUACAAGUCUGACACAGGGAAGCCUUAUUAUUACAACUCUCAGACAAAGGAGUCCAGAUGGACCAAACCCAAGGAGCUGGAGGAUCUGGAGGCUAUGAUCAAAGCAGAGGAGAGUGGAACAACAGAGACUGCGGCUCCUGGAACGACUGCCGCUCCUACAGUGCAGGCCGAUAAAAAUACAGCCACCAUGGCGACCGUAAAGGAGGUGGAAACUGCAGUGGUGGUCCCAGAGGAGCAGCAGUCCCAGGUGACCGCACAUCAAACAGCUGAGGUCAAGGCUGUGGAGGCACCUGUGACUUCCUCAGAGAGCGCUGUCAUUGCAGAGAGCAAACCCAGUGUCGAAGUCAAAGAAGAAGAGCGACCUGAACUUCAGAAGAAAACCUACAAGUGGAACACAAAAGAAGAAGCCAAGCAGGCCUUCAAAGAGCUGCUGAAGGAGAAGGGUGUUUCCUCAAACUCCUCAUGGGAACAGGCCAUGAAGCUGAUUAUCAAUGAUCCUCGCUACAGCGCUCUUCCCAAACUGAGCGAGAAGAAGCAGGCGUUUAAUGCCUACAAAGUCCAAACUGAGAAGGAGGAGAAGGAAGAGGCCAGGAUUAAAUACAAGGAAUCCAAAGAGAAGUUCCAGAGGUUCUUGGAGAAUCAUGAGAAGAUGACGUCUACCACCAGAUACAAGAAAGCAGAGCAAAUGUUUAAUGAGCUGGAAGUGUGGAGCUGUGUUCCUGAGAGAGACAGACUGGAGAUCUAUGAAGACGUGUUGUUCUACCUGGCGAAGAAAGAAAAGGAACAAGCCAAGCAGCUGAGGAAGAGGAACUGGGAAGCUCUGAAGAAUAUUCUGGACAAUAUGGCUAAUGUGACAUAUCGCACCACCUGGUCCGAGGCCCAGCAGUAUCUGCUGGACAACCCCACGUUUGCCGAGGACGAAGAGCUGCAGAAUAUGGAUAAAGAGGAUGCCCUCAUCUGUUUUGAGGAGCACAUACGAGCUCUGGAGAAGGAGGAGGAAGAAGACAAGCAGAAGACUCUCCUCAGGGAACGGAGACGGCAGCGCAAGAACAGAGAGUCCUUCCAGAAAUUUCUGGAUGAGCUCCAUGAUCACGGCCAGCUUCACUCCAUGUCCUCCUGGAUGGAAAUGUACCCGACCCUGAGCUCUGACAUGCGCUUCAGCAGCAUGCUGGGCCAGCCUGGUUCCACUCCUUUGGACCUCUUCAAAUUCUACGUGGAAGACCUGAAAGCCCGUUACCACGAUGAAAAACGAAUAAUCAAAGAUAUCCUCAAGGAUAAAGGCUUCCUGGUGGAAGUGAACACCAGCUUUGAUGACUUUGGAUCCGUUAUCAGCUCAGACAAGAGAGCCACUACUCUGGAUGCUGGGAACAUAAAGCUGGCCUUCAACAGUUUACUGGAGAAGGCUGAAGCCAGAGAGCGAGAGCGAGAGAAGGAGGAAGCCCGCAAGAUGAAGCGGAAAGAAGCAGCUUUCAAAACCAUGCUGAAGCAGGCCACACCGCCGCUGGAGCCAGAGGCCUCAUGGGAGGAAGUCAGAGAAAGAUUCCUGAAAGAAGCUGCCUUCGAAGACGUGACGCUGGAGUCAGAGAGGAAGAGGAUAUUCAAGGAUUUCAUGCAUGUCCUGGAGCAUGAAUGCCAGCAUCACCAUUCCAAGACAAAAAAGCAUUCAAAGAAGUCCAAGAAACACCACAGGAAGCGAUCACGCUCUCGAUCAGCGUCAGAGUCGGAGGAGGAGGAAUACCAUAAGAAGAAGAAGCGGUCCCAGUCCAAAUCUCCCUCUGAGCGCUCUUCUAGUGGAGAAUCUGAGCGAAGCUAUAAAAAAUCCAAGAAGCACAAGAAGAAAGGCAAGAAGAGGCGCCACAAGUCUGCCUCACCGGACUCCGACGGCGAGAAGAAAGGAAGAGAGCGCGACGGGAAACGAGAGCGAGAUUCAGAGAAGGAUAAAGAGAACGACAAGACUCGGGGGAAAUCUCGCUCAGAGUCUAAACAGAAAUCUCCUAAAAGGAAAGCAGCCAAAGAGGAGGGUGGCUGGGACACGUCAGGCAGUGAGCUGAGUGAAGGAGAGCUGGAGAAGAGAAGAAGAACUUUACUGGAACAGCUGGAUGCACCUUGAAACUGUUCAUGCCACUGUUUUGUGCUAUUUGAACACUUCAGCAAACGCGCAUUCCCCCCGCAGGCUCACCUGACUGUGCAGGCUGCCCCUCUCUGAAUGAGGAAACGUGCUAUUAAUGGGAAUGCUCUACAUUUUUAUUUUGUGACUAAUCUGAUUUCAGGAAUCUUGUCACCUGAUCAGUCUGUGACUUAUUAGCUCUGAAUAUCUUCUUUAGGGGGCUGUAGUUUGUUUUUUCAUUGACAGUCAUUUUUAUGAUUUCAUUUCAAUAAAGGCGUAUCUUGAAGCCA